AUGUCGCGCGAAUGGCAGUGGAUCAUUGAACGCCGUGACAAGCUAUUCCUAGUAACCUAUGAAGCCUACGGAUACGAGCCAAAAGGCCAAGGUUUCCUCGUUAGAGAGACCGCGGCCGAUUUCGAACUUGAGAGAGCCCUGCGUUACGGUGAAGGUGUUCAGGUUGAUCAAGUGAAUGGGACAGAAGAUGAGAACACUGUUCAUAGGUUGAAGAACGGUAGCGUGAACGGGGAAAAGAUGGUGAAGUUCGACACAGCGAAAAACUGCACUAUUAAUGUCAGUAAGCUUGAAGAGCACCUUGCAUCCUACCUAUGCGAUUCGGAUUGA